CCUGUGCCCACCAUGCUUUUCGAGGAGCAACGAUUCAUCCACGAGGAUCUAGAGCGGCUGGAGCAGGCGGUCGCCGAUCGCGUUGCCGAAGAGCCCCGUAAUCUGCGGGACCGCCUCGCUCGUGAUCAUGAAGUCGCACACUUUUUGAACCGCAUCGAAGACCAGUCAAAGAGACUCCUCGACAUCUACAAGGAUGCGGACGGCGCGCGCAACAAGGAGGUGCAGAUGAUCUCGACAGGUGAUCAGUUCGAGGAAUUCUACAAGCAGAUGGAUGAGAUCAAGGACUUUCACAAGCGCUACCCCAAUGAGCCGGUGGAGAAUCUCGAAAGGGCUUACAAGCGCCGCCAGCCUGGCGAGGGCGAGCCUACGGGAAUGGAGAUCGACAACUUGUUCACCGGAGAAGAAAGCUACGGACAGUUCUUGGACCUGACGACAAUACACGAAGAUUACCUGAACCUACCUAACGUCAAACGCCUUUCAUACGUACAAUAUCUGGACAUGUUCGAUGUGUUCACUCCCCCCCAACUCCCUAUCAAGCGGAACAACAAGCUCUCCGACCGGUAUUUCAAGUAUGUCGGCGAACUCGCCACCUACCUGGAAAGCUUUCUCAAGAAAGUGAAGCCGUUACAAGAUCUGGAUAAGCUCUUUGCCAGCUUUGACGACGAGUUUGAGAGGCAGUGGGCCGCAAAUGAAGUCCCCGGGUGGACGGAAGAAAAGGCCGAGAACGGCACCCAGGGCCCGAAGACUGAGGGGUCUGGGGAGGGUAUUUGGUGUGCCGACUGUGAGAGGGAGUUCAAGAACGAGAAUGUCUACAAGAACCACCUGACGGGCAAGAAGCAUAUCCGGGCCGCCGAGGCUCGCAAGGCCGCUGGCGAUUCCGGCGAUAAGCCGGCACCCUCUGCGGGCAACGGUGCCCCCGUGGCCCAUCGCCUGAAAGAACGCGCGGUCGCGGAGAGAGAGCACCGUGUGCGUUCUCUCACCCAGAUUCUCCAGCCUGAGCGCCAAGCAACGAGGAUCAACGUCGAACGGAGGCAGGGUAUGACGGAGCGGGAGCGCCAGAUGGAACUCGAAGCAUUGCUCAACGAAUCCGAGACCCCCGGCGGGGAUCGUGGCGGCGAUCAAUCCGACGAGGACGACGAAGACCGCAUCUACAACCCCCUCAAGCUGCCUCUUGCUUGGGACGGCAAGCCCAUCCCCUACUGGCUCUACAAACUCCACGGCCUGGGCGUGGAAUACCCCUGUGAGAUCUGCGGUAACUUCGUGUAUAUGGGCCGCCGUGCCUUCGACAAGCACUUCUCCGAAGCCAUGCACAUCUUCGGCUUGAAGUGUCUAGGCGUUACCUCCAACACCAAUCUGUUCCGUGAAAUCACUCGGAUCGAGGAUGCUCUCAAGCUCUGGGAGAAGCUUGAACAGAACCGCAAGAAGGACAGAGACGGUCGCGACAACGUGGUGCAGAUGGAGGACGCAGAGGGUAAUGUGAUGCCCGAACGGAUCUACCUCGAUCUCCAAAAGCAGGGUAUCCUGUAACCGGCAACGUCCAUUUAUUUCCUCUUGUAUUCUUUGCAUCGUCUUUCUAUAUGAAAAGCCCGGAGUUUGGUGGGUGUCGUUUUCUUUUUACAUGAAUCUCUAGGAUAUUGCUGGUUGGGAAUGUGUAUAAGAGCUGAGCUGAGUAGAGCAGAAACUACAGCUUUGCCCCUCGUGUAUUCUACCUAAGAUCACUGCCAUCGUCAACAGAAUUAGAUCCUCCUUGAAGGAGUCCAUUAAGACUCAAUUGAACAAGAUGAAAUCUUUGUUGUCUGAUUCAUGAAUGGAUGAGUUCUCAAGAGCCAAGGCUCGGAUCAAAGGUGUCCUCGUGCCAGACACCCUACUGUAGAUGGUAACAAGUAUCGGCUCUUUCCAUUAUUUCAACCCUGUUGGAUACGGCCCAUAAAACCGAGGACUGAGAAAGCAGGUCGGAAGUCUUAAAC